CAGCCCAACUUCCUCUACUGUUGUCAUUUAAGGAAGUACUUGAGAAAGAUGGGAGCCAGUGUGGUAGAAAGAAACAAAGUGGAUCCACCAGAUGGUGGUUGGGGCUGGGUUGUGCUUCUUGGUGGAUUUGUUAUCUCUGGCUUCUCCUACGCAUUUCCCAAAGCCGUCAGUGUGUACUUUAAAGAACUGAUGAGGGACUUCAACUGUGGAUACAGUGACACGGCUUGGAUUUCCUCUAUCAUGCUUGCCAUGCUCUAUGGCUCAGGUCCGGUUUGCAGUAUAAUGGUGAAUAAAUUUGGAUGUCGGCCAGUGAUGAUGGUUGGAGGAUUACUAGCCUCAGCAGGACUAAUUGGGGCGUCUUUUACUAACAACAUUAUUCAACUUUAUCUGACUGCUGGAAUCAUCACAGGUCUUGGCCUAGCUCUGAAUUUCCAGCCCUCACUAAUAAUGAUUGGGUGCUAUUUUAACAAACGCAGACCACUGGCCAAUGGACUGGCAGCAGCUGGGAGCCCAGUGUUUCUGUCAUUUCUCUCACCAUUAGGACAAAUUCUGUCAGAACGUUUUGGCUGGAGGGGUGGCUUUCUUAUCAUGGGGGGUCUGCUGCUUAACUGCUGUGCAUGUGGAGCCGUUAUGAGACCUUUGGAGAACAAGGCUCAAAAGACUGCUGCCAGGGAAGAGCUAAAUGGCAAAGAAAGUCCAGAAAAUGUUAAGGAGAGUCCUAGGAAAAAGAAACUGCUUGACUUUAGUGUGCUUCGAAACAAGGGGCUUAUCAUUUACAUCAUUGCUAAAUUUAUAGUUGUUCUUGGUCUGUUUGUCCCCACAAUCCUUUUGGUCAACUUUGCUAAAGACCAAGGAAUCCCUGCUCGGGAUGCUGCUUUUUUGCUUUCCAUUAUCGGAUUUAUUGACAUCUUUGCUCGCCCCACAUGUGGCUUUGUGGCAGGCCUGAAGCAGAUUAGACCCAAGAUUCCCUAUUUCUUCAGCUUGGCUUUAAUUUUAAAUGGCCUCACAGAUAUUUGCUCAGCCAGAAGUACAGACUAUAAAGGGCUAGUGAUCUUCUGUGUGUUCUUUGGGCUCUUUUUUGGCAUGGUAGGUGCUUUACAAUUUGAAGUACUGAUGGGCAUUGUGGGAACUAGCAAUUUUCCUAGUGCUUUGGGUCUAGUGCUCCUUAUAGAAGCAGUAGCUGCUCUCAUUGGACCCCCUUCUGCUGGAUGGUUAGUGGAUGCUUACAAGAAUUAUGAACUGAUUUUCUAUAUGGCUGGUGGAGAGCUGAUCACUGCUGCCUUGUUUCUCGCAGUUGCAACAUACUGCUGCCUCAAGCCCCAAAGGAACACUCAGGGUUCUGACAUUUAACAGUAACCAUAUUAAUCAUGAUAACAUGUAAUCAGCGGAUGUGUAAAGGAGUUGGAAAUAGUAUGAGGUAUUGUGUUUAACUGGUUAGCACUCGACUUUUGUACUAAACCUCCAAAACACUUUGUACAUAAAAAUAAAAAGUACAACACCA